GUUUACAAAAGACACUGCCAGGUUCAAGGAUGAAUUAGAUAUUAUGAAGUUCAUUUGCAAAGAUUUUUGGACAACUGUAUUCAAAAAACAAAUAGAUAACCUAAGGACUAAUCAUCAGGGUAUUUAUGUCCUUCAAGACAAUAAAUUUCGUCUCUUGACACAAAUGUCUGCAGGAAAGCAGUAUUUAGAACAUGCACCAAAGUAUUUAGCAUUUACCUGUGGACUGAUCAGAGGAGGCCUAUCGAAUUUGGGAAUAAAGAGUAUUGUAACAGCCGAAGUUUCAUCAAUGCCUGCGUGUAAAUUUCAGGUGAUGAUACAGAAGAUGUAGAGAACAUUCAAAUCUGGGUAUCUACCUUAAAAAUCCUUUGUGUGUGGAUUCAGUAUCUUGGUUCAGCUUUGUAUGUAGCUUGUAAAUUAUAGCAGUGUGCAGCACAAUUCCAAAAUAGAAAAUAAAUGUUCAUGAAAAUAACUUAA